AUGGACUCUCUUGGGAGGGAUGAAUUGGAAAUUAAGAACAAGGUAGUUCACAGCAAAAUCCACACAGUGGACGAGCCAUCAAAAUAUUUGGAAUGUGGAGAGAGCUUCAGUAAGAGCUCCCGUUUCGCUUCCUAUCAAAGAAAUCCCUUUGGGAAGAAACCCUAUCAGUGCUUGGAAUGUGGAAAGAGCUUUAACACAAGCAGGAACUUCCGUCGACAUCAAAGUAUUCACCGUGGGGAGAAACCGUUCCAUUGCCAAGAAUGUGGAAAGAGCUUCAGUCAGAAAGAAAGUCUCACUUCCCAUCAGAGAAUUCAUACAGGGGAGAAACCGUAUCAUUGCUUGGAAUGUGGAAAGAGCUUCAGUCGAAGUCACCGCCUCACUUCCCACCAAAGAACUCAUAGUGGGGAGAAACCAUAUCUGUGCCUGGAAUGUGGAAAGAGCUUCAGUCGGAGCGACCGUCUCGCUUCCCAUCAAAGAAUUCAUACAGGGGAGAAACCAUAUCAGUGCUUGGAAUGUGGAAAGAGCUUCAGUCAGAAGGAAAGUCUCACUUUCCAUCAAAGGAUUCAUACAGGGGAGAAACCGUUUCAGUGCUUGGAAUGUGGGAAGAGUUUUAAUACAAGCACAAACUUCCGUCGACACCAGAGAAUUCACAGUGGGGAAAAACCUUUUCAAUGCCAAGAGUGUGGAAAGAGCUUUAAUACAAGCACAAAAUUCCAUAGCCAUCAAAGUAUUCACCGUGGGGAGAAACCAUUUCAGUGCCAAGAGUGUGGGAAGAGCUUCACCUGGAAGGAAAGUCUCACUUCCCAUCAAAGAAUUCAUACAGGGGAGAAACCGUACCAGUGCUUGGAAUGUGGAAAGAGCUUUAACAGCUUCAGUCAGAAGGAAAGUCUUGUCUCCCAUCAAAGGAUUCAUACAGGGGAGAAGCCAUAUCAUUGUUUGGAAUGUGGGAAGAGCUUCAGUCAGAGCGCACCUCUCACUUCCCAUCAGAGAAUCCAUACAGGGGAGAAACCGUAUCAGUGCUUGGAAUGUGGGAAGAGCUUCAGUCAUAGGUCGAAUCUCACGGCCCAUCAAAGAAUUCACAGCGGGGAGAAGCCAUAUCAUUGUUUGGAAUGUGGAAAGAGCUUCAGCCAGAGCUCCUACCUCACUUACCAUCAAAGAACUCACAGUGGGGAAAAACCUUAUCAGUGUUUGGAGUGUGGAAAGCGAUUCACCUGGAAGAAAAGUCUCACUUCCCAUCAAAGAACUCACAGCGGGGAGAAACCCUAUCAGUGCUUGGAAUGUGGAAAGAGUUUCAGCCAGAACUCAACCUUGCUGGUACACCAACGAACUCACACGGGGGAGAAACCAUUUAAAUGUAUUGAAUGUGGAAAGAGCUUCAGUGGAAGUGGAGACCUUAGAAGACAUCAACGAACUCACAUGGGGGAGAAACCAUUUGAAUGCAUUAAAUGUGGAAAGAGCUUCAGUGUAAAUGAAGCACUUAGAAGACACCAACAAACUCACACGGGGGAGAAAUCAUUUAAAUGUAUUGAAUGUGGAAAGAGCUUCAGUCAAAGUGGAGUCCUUAGAAUACAUCAACGAACUCACACGGGGGAGAAACCAUUUAAAUGUAUUGAAUGUGGAAAGAGCUUCAGUGGAAGUGGAGACCUUAGAAUACAUCAACGAACUCACACGGGGGAGAAACCAUUUAAAUGUAUUGAAUGUGGAAAGAGCUUCAGUCAAAGUGGAGCACUUAGAAUACAUCAACGAACUCACACGGGGGAGAAACCAUUUAAAUGUAUUGAAUGUGGAAAGAGCUUCAGUGGAAGUGGAGCACUUAGAAUACAUCAACGAACUCACACAGGAGAGAAACCAUUUAAAUGUAUUGAAUGUGGAAAGAGCUUCAGUGGAAGUGGAGACCUUAGAAUACAUCAACGAACUCACACGGGGGAGAAACCAUUUAAAUGUAUUGAAUGUGGAAAGAGCUUCAGUAGAAGUGGAGCACUUACACAACACCAACAAACUCACACGGGGGAGAAACCUUUUAAAUGUAUUGAAUGUGGAAAGAGCUUCAGUGGCAGUGGAGACCUUAGGAAACAUCAAUGAACUCACAUGGGGGAGAAACCAUUUAAAUGUAUUGAAUGUGGAAAGAGCUUCAGUAGAAGUGGAGCACUUACACAACACCAACAAACUCACACGGGGGAGAAACCUUUUCAAUGUAUUGAAUGUGGAAAGAGCUUCAGUCAAAGUGGAUCACUUAGAAGACACCAACGAACUCACACGAGGGAGAAACCAUUUGAAUGCAUUGAAUGUGGAAAGAGCUUCAGUGUAAAUGAAGCACUUAGAAGACACCAACGAACUCACACGGAGAAAUCAUUUAAAUGCAUUGAAUGUGGAAAGAGCUUCAGUCAAAGUGGAGUCCUUAGAAGACACCAACGAACUCACACGGGGGAGAAAUCAUUUAAAUGCAUUGAAUGUGGAAAGAGCUUCAGUCGAAGUGGAGUCCUUAGAAUACAUCAACAAACUCACACAGGGGAGAAACCAUUUAAAUGUACUGAAUGUGGAACGAGCUUCAGUCAAAAUGGACAGCUUAGGAAACAUCAGCUAACUCACACAGAGCGAAAACCAUAGAUGUAUGAUAUUUGGAAAGAGAUUCAGAGGGAGUGGAGACCUUAAUAUUCAUAAGCAAAUUCACACAGGGGAAAAACCAUAUACAGUAAAUGCAUGGAGUUUUCCACUCAGGGUUCCCACAUUUCCUGGGAAGUGAAGAUGACUGUCAUGGCUCUGGAUGUCCAAAAAAGAAUUUGGCAGUGUUUGUUUUCAUUCUUGGGGGCCGUGCUAUUUGGCGAUCCUCUCUUUUUCAAGAGGUUUCUGAAGACUGUUGAUCUGGACAGCUUGGAAUCUGGCAUUCUGGACUUUCCCCACAAUUCUGCAUAUUGCUCAGAACAGAGAGCUGGAUCUGGAUUUCCUGUGUCAGUGCAUCAUUCCCAGCUACACUUCCGUGGUUUGUGAAUAUGGCUGGUUUGGGUUCAUUUGGACCAGUUGCUAAUAAUCUUGUGUUGUUGUUCAAAAUGGUUUUUUGCUUAUAAUGGGUUCCUAAAACUUUAAUAAAGCACAGAUCCCUUUUAAAAUAUUCAUUCGUAUGCAACGAAAUAUUACAGGGGAAAAGGGCACCGGAGUCAUGGAAAGAAGCUUAUAUUACUCUGAUACCAAAACCAGACACAGAUAAAACUCAAGUGAGAAAUUACCGACCAAUCUCCUUAUUGAAUGUGGAUUUCAAAAUAUUUGCAGGUAUAUUGGCUAAAAGGUUGAAAGGUGUUAUGAAACAGUAUAUCCACAAUGAUCAAGCAGGCUUUUUGCUUGGAAGACACAUGAA